AUGAACCGUGAACCUUUCUUUCUCCCGGACAAUCUAAAUGGGGAAAGCUACGAAAAUUUUUUGAGAGGAGACCUAAGUGAUUUGCUUGAUAAUCUGGCACUCAACUUGAUCAGGGACAUGUGGUUCCAACAUGAUGGCUGCCCUGCCCAUUUCAGGAGAAGUGUCAGAGACUGGCUGGACAUAAAUUAUUCAAACAAAUGGAUAGGGCGAGGUGGGCCGUUGCCAUGGCCAGCAAGAAGUCUGGACCUAACCCCCAUGAAUUUUCAUGUAUGGGGGCGCAUGAAAAGUCUUGUCUACAGCGAGUCAAAUCCAGUUUUGUCUGUGGAAGAGUUAAAAGAAAGGUUUGUGGAUGCAGCAAAUCAAAUGAGAACAACGUUGACCACUGGAGUAGUGAAGACUGGUCUCCGUAGAAGAAUACGACAAUGUAUUAGAAACAGAGGCGGCCAUGUUGAACAUAAACUGUAG